GAGCCAUAGUUUUCUGCAAUCAUUCCUAGGAUAUUCUCGUACUUCACAGACCCCAAAAUCCUAGUAGGCCCUGCUCAUCCAUACAAUCAGGAACAAAUACAAAAAAAGGUUGUAUUUUUUAGUACUAGGACUGAAGUACUGUAUAUUUAUGAAUUUGGAUGUUCCCAGUUGAAGUAUUUCUACUAUGACACUCGGAAUCUGCUUGCCAUCCUCAUUCUCAAUCUCCCCAAUACCAAAGACAAAGGGUAGUAUUACUAGCAGUUCUAUUCAUCGGUGUUUUUGUAGAAUCAACUCUUAUGAUUUUGUUGUUGUUAACAAGACUAAUAAGAAGAAGUUAAAGCCCUGCAAGAAUUACUUCUUGUAUUCAAAUUCAUGUGAUGUCAAGAUCCCUGCUGCUCAGAUUGGAGCUGCAGAAUUGGAAGACUCAACUACUAAAUCGGGUUUCAAGAAUUUAGUCUGGCCUUCUCCUGAUGACGAAAUCCCAUUUUGGCGUAGAGAAUUCCCCACAUGGGACGUCAACUCAGAUGAUUCUGUUAAUGCAGAGAAGGAUUCUGAUCUUUUACACAUUGUUCAUGCGACAGCUGAAAUGGCUCCUAUUGCAAAAGUUGGAGGUCUUGGUGACGUUGUGACUGGUCUUGCUCGUGCUUGCAUAACACGUGGUCAUAAAGUGGAUGUCAUGCUUCCUUUCUAUGAAUGCAUACAGAGGCAACAUAUUAACAACUUGGUGUUGAUUAGUACAUAUGCUUCAUAUUUCAACGGAGACUGGAUCCCUACUAAUGCAUAUAGGGGCGAAGUCUCUGGAAUCUCUGUGAUUUUUAUUGAGCCAUCCAACCAUUUCUUUAAGGGACAGAGUGUUUAUGGAGGUUCAUAUAACGAGCUAGAAGCAUAUUUGUUCUUCAGCCGUGCUUGUCUUGAGUGGAUGCAGGUAACUGGAACACAGCCUGAUAUCAUUCAUGUCCAUGAAUGGCAGACUGGUGCACUACCCCUACUUUACUGGGAUAUAUACCAGGAUCUCUCACUUAAGAAACCGCGAAUAGUAUUGACAAUUCACAACAUGGAGCAUUACGGAGAAUGCAGCCAAGAGCAACUCAGUAAGUGUGGCCUUGAUGGAUCUGUAUAUGCAACUGAAGACAAGGCUGUUGACGAUCGUACAAUUGGUCAUAACCCUGAGAGGUUAAGCUUAUUGAAAGGAGGCAUUGUCUACAGCAAUGCAGUUGUCACAGUCUCCCCGACAUACUUAAAAGAAACACUGUGUUCUGGAUGGCUUGCUAGUACCUUGUUAAGGAACCGUGACAAGUACUCUGGUAUUUUAAAUGGAAUAGACUCUGCAAUGUGGAACCCUGCCACUGAUGUUUUCUUGCCUGCUAAAUUUGAUGCUGAGAACUUUCAAGGGAAGAAUGUAUGUAAACGCUUCGUUCAAAGGGGACUUGGUUUGGCUUUAGAAGGCACCAGCUCAGGUUCUGACCGGGUGCCUUUGGUUGUCUGUGUUACUCGAUUGGUUGCUCAAAAGGGUCUUCAUUUACUUACCCAUGCCAUCCAUAGGGUUGAUGAACUUGGCGGACAGAUGGUAGUGCUUGGGAGAGCCCCAGAUGGUCGGGUAGAGAGAGAAUUUGAAAAUCUUGCAAAUUUGUACAACCAAGGCUCCAGCAUUAGGAUUCUUUUGAUGUACAGUGAGGAGCUAUCACACAUGCUUUAUGCAGCUGCAGACAUGGUGUUGGUCCCUUCGAUGUAUGAACCAUGUGGGCUGGCUCAGAUGAUUGGAAUGCGUUAUGGGGCGAUCCCUGUAGUUAGGAAGACUGGUGGUCUUGCAGAUACAGUCUUUGACAUAGAUGAAGGAUCACAACCUGAGUUGGCUAAUGGGUUUGUCUUUGAAGGAAUUGAUCAAGGUUCCCUAAACUGGGCUCUGGAUCGUGCAUUUUCGUACUACCGAGAAAAACCAAAUGAAUGGGCUACGACUCUACAGAAAGUCAUGAAGGUAGAUAAUAGCUGGAACAAGACAGCAGGACAGUACAUUGAUCUGUACAACACAUUGAGAGUCAAGUGGUAAUCAUCCUUCCAAGUCUCGUGGUGUAAAGGAAGGAUCUCUGUUUGUGUCAUAUAGCCUCUCUCGUUGAAGCUCCAACCGUGCUCUUUUUGGCUUGUCCUUAUUGUUUCUAACUCUUAGACGAGGUUUUUUGCGCUGUUGUUAAUAGAACACCUAGCGCCAUACAAAAGUUUCAAUAAAACAGAUGAAUAAAGGACUUUUCUCUCACUUGAAA